ACGCGUUGGAGCAAACCUUCUUCGAAGUCUUUGAUGGUUACUCUGCAGCAACACAACACCUGCAGCUGUUCGCCUUCUUUAAAGUUAAAUUGGACUUUUUUCCCCAGUUUUCUCUCUAGCAAAAUGGCUCAUGAAGGCAUUGUCCUCAUUAUAUCCAUCAUCUCUGCGACCGCGUUUUUGGGCAACACUUUCGUCAUAUAUGUUCUCAUUCGCCGUCGAAGGACGUUUCUCACAAAACCUUACAGUAUCUUCAUUUUGAACUUGGCUAUCGUCGACUGCCUCACCGCAAUAUUUUUAGUCUUCAGUCGUUUUGCGUACCUUCCUCCAAUGCCUGUAACCAGCAAAGUUGCCUCGGAAUUAUAUUGCAAAAUAAUCUGGCCUCCCAUGAUGCCCUUCACCCUCGGCUACAUUUCAGUCUACACGUGCCUUUUCCUAUCUUUUGAACGAUGGUUGGCAGUCGUGAAACCGCAAGUGUACCGUUCCUUGAAUCGCCGCCACGCGAUCCCCGCCGUUAUUCUCGUUUGGCUCUGGGGAGUGGCAAUGAGCAGCUCAACGGUGUCCCGACUAAAGUUCGAUGCGGAAACAAAGAAAUGCAAAUGGUCUCGUCUUCCUACAGGUCACGUCGAACUGAUUUGGAUAGAUUUCACUACCCAGACACUCCUACCAAUGUCCACAAUGGUGGCGCUCUACUCUCAUAUGUACCACACCUUGAAGAAGCUCCCAAAUCACACUUGUGAACGUGGGUACAGAUUGAGAAGAGUGACCUUCGUUGCUCUGGCGGCCUGCACUGCCCUUAUUGCGGGCUGGUUACCGAGACGUAUCACGUUCAUGAUGUCAAAUUUUCCAAGUUUCGAUCAGUUGAUUGUAUGGGGAAAAAUGGGCACAUUUGGCUACAUCUAA